CCCGUCCAUCAUCCUCGCCCACCCCUUUCACGUGUCUCGUGGUUAUCCACCAAGUCUUACCCAUCCUUACUGCCCAGUAUGGUUCCUCACUAGCACUAUCAAAAGCAAAUAUGCGCCCGGGUCUACCAUACAAGGAGAAGCGCGAUCUGUAGUAGUAAUGGUCACUCAGGAAUGAAGAGAUAAGAAUGUGCGUGCACAAGACGAAGUCCAAGCUACAUGCAGCCAGGACGACACCUCGCCUGGACGCACACCCCUAGCAUGAACAGCGCUCCCUCGAAUCCAUCAAUGGCGGUUGCAUGUGCGCUUGGGCUUGCGGAUGGGAUUGAUCUGUAUAGUCAGUCUUGUCAAACUUAGCACCACCGUGUGCUCGGCAGGUCUGUAUGUCAUGAAGACGAUCCUCAGAUUGAAUCCGUUGUUACCAGCUCCUCCAGCUACAAAUAUGCUGAAUACGCUUCCCUGACGAUCCCCCUCGUCUCGUCGGGCGGGCGGGCGCUGUCACCGCGGGGACUCACCUCGUGUAUGAGUGCAACGUCCGCCGGAGAUGUCUGUCCAAGGUGCAGCAAAUCGCGCUCCGGUGCAAGCCGCCGACGGUCAACUCGUUUGAUUCGUUUGAUGAGUCCAAUUGGGUUGCGAGCACCGGGUGACGCCUGCCUUUGCUCCCCUACUCGACGGGAAUGGCAGGCCCGGCCGGAGUGACCCUGCGCCGGUACCACUGAAGAAGGUUCAGGCGGGUACCAUUGCGACGCGUAGAGAUUUCGUGUUCACUGGCGUGCCGCGCGCGCAGCCGCACAUGUUUGGAAUACUUGCACUUCCCCAUGUUGCCAUCCUAUCCUUCUGCCUCCUCUGCCUUCUCCGGCCCCUCCGACAUCUUUCCUAUGCAGUUUUUGGUCGCCUUCGUCUCCGCUCGGACCGUUCCCCCGUCUCGUCCUCCGCUUCUUUCUGAUCUCCUGCAUUCUGUACUUUUGUUGGCUGUUCUUACUUGCUAGAUCCCCAUCCCUGCAGUGCACCUCUCACCCUUUAGGAUGUCGAAGAUCACCCACAGCGCCUCGCUCGCAUCACUCCAUGCCACACUCAAUGAAUCUGCGACGCUUCUAGCGCAGGAUCGUAAUGACAGACGCCAAGCUUAACUCAAGCCUCGCAUCCUCCUCGUUUCCCCGCUCCCGAAUAACCCGCCUCGCGUCACGUCCUCAAGCGCGCGCCGAAACAUAUAAAAAGUGGCUCAAAUCCAGCUCAAAGUUUUUCUCCAAGCCCUCACAAGCUUGCCUCCCUCGUCGUCUCCCAGACACCCAUCAUGCGCUCUUUCAUCACCCUCGCCGUGCUCUACGCCACUCUCGCCGCCGCUGCACCCCUCCCUCAGUCAGACAGCGCUCUACUCGGCACUGUAGAGCCUGUUCUUGAAGGUCUUGGAGCCCGCCAGCUCAGCGGCAUCAUCGACGAGCUCCCGCUCCCAGCGCCCCCAGCAGCCCCUCCCCUCACCGGCCUCCCCGGCCUCGGCCUGCGCCAGCUCGGCAAGGUCGCCGGCGCCGCCUCCGGCCUCGAGCAGAAGAUCGACCAGACCGCCGCCAGCACCGGCAUCAAAGCACGCCAAGUCCCCGACCCGCUCGACGGCGUCACCACCGAACUCGACUCGGUCCUCGAUAGCCUCGCUCUCCGCCAGCUCGGCGGCGGCACUGACCCGCUCGACAGCGUCACCGCCGAAGUCGACUCGGCCCUCGAUAGCCUCGCUCUCCGCCAGCUCGGCGGCGAGGGGCUCGGCGACCCCACGGAGAUCGUGGAUGGCGUCAUCGCAGCCCUCGACGGCGCCGCCCGCAAGCGCCAGGCCCCGACGGACGCCGUCCUCGCCGAGUCCUCGGAACUCGUGGAUAGCGUCCUCGGCCAGCGCCAGGCCCCGGUGGACGGCGGCCUCGCCGACGUCUCGGAGAUCGUGGAUGGCCUCCUCGGCGGCAGCGGCGGUGGCCUCCGCAAGCGCCAGGAUCCGUUGGAUGGGAUCGACAUCGAUGCCCUCCUCGCCAAGCUCCCUGAGGACGCCAGCCUUUAGAGUCGCAUCCUAAUACGCACCCUAGGAAUGUCACAUUCUCCCCGUACAUACCUGCCUGUGCAUGCUCUAUCCAAACGCUAAUGAUGCCGUCCUGACACCGCUCACAUACCACAUACGAACUACGUGCCCGUACCACCACACCGCACUUACAGCCGUGGAUCUCUGCGUAUAUACCCAUACUCCCUUAAGCCUCCUCAUCUUGUUUUCUGAAUGAUACGCGCUGUGCUUAC